AUGACCCCGACACACGUGAGCCACGUGGUUUGCCUCCGACUCCGACAGACAUCUCUGCUCUCUAGUCUGGUCACUCAGUGGCGACUGAGCUACAAUCCGUUUUUCUCAAACUCCAAAGUCCUCAGUGUCUCACAAAUUCUCCAUUGCAUCGUUCAUUCCUCAAACAUUCCGACGAAUCGGACCGGCAUGCCGCAAAUUCGAGGAACGACCUCUCCGCCAUUGUCCAGCGGACUCUGGCCUUGA